GGCGGCUGCGGUGCCCUAGGGAUACAUUGGGGGCAUCAUGAAUUGGAAUAAAGGUGGACCUGGUACUAAGAGAGGCUUUGGUUUUGGUGGAUUUGCCAUAACACCUGGGAAAAAAGAGGAGCCAAAGCUCUCUCAACAGUCUCAUAGUGCUUUCGGAACAGCGGGUUCCUCUGCUGCGUUCUCCAAAUCAGGACCUCCUCAGCUGCCUUCUUUCUACAAAAUUGGGUCAAAGAGAGCAAAUUUUGACGAAGAGAAUGCGUACUUUGAGGAUGAGGAGGAAGAUUCCAGCAAUGUGGAACUGCCAUACAUUCCUGCAGAGAAUUCCCCCACUCGCCAGCAGUUUCAUUCCAAAUCAGCAGACUCUGACAGUGAUGAUGAUCCUCUGGAGGCAUUCAUGGCUGAAGUGGAGGAUCAAGCUGCUCGAGACAUGAAGAGACUUGAAGAUAAAGACAAAGAGAAAAAGAACGUAAAGGGUAUUCGAGAUGACAUUGAAGAGGAAGAUGACCAAGAAGCUUAUUUUCGCUACAUGGCUGAAAACCCCACUGCUGGUGUGGUGCAAGAAGAGGAAGAAGAUAACUUGGAGUAUGAUAGUGAUGGGAAUCCAAUUGCACCAUCCAAAAAAAUCAUUGAUCCUCUUCCACCUAUUGACCACUCAGAGAUUGAGUACCCACCCUUUGAGAAAAACUUCUAUGAUGAGCACGAGGAGAUCACCAGUCUCACCCCACAGCAAGUGGUGGAGUUACGUCAUAAGCUAAACCUCCGGGUCUCCGGUGCUGCUCCUCCAAGGCCUGGCAGUAGUUUUGCUCAUUUUGGCUUUGAUGAGCAACUUAUGCAUCAAAUUAGGAAAUCUGAGUAUACCCAGCCCACUCCUAUACAGUGUCAGGGUGUUCCAGUUGCUCUGAGUGGCAGAGAUAUGAUUGGGAUAGCUAAGACUGGAAGUGGAAAAACAGCAGCCUUCAUCUGGCCGAUGUUGAUUCACAUCAUGGACCAGAAGGAGCUUGAACCAGGGGAUGGUCCCAUUGCAGUGAUUGUCUGCCCAACCAGAGAGCUUUGCCAACAGAUCCAUUCUGAAUGUAAACGCUUUGGUAAGGCCUACAACCUGCGCUCUGUAGCUGUGUAUGGAGGAGGCAGCAUGUGGGAGCAAGCCAAAGCCCUGCAGGAAGGGGCAGAGAUAGUUGUCUGCACACCAGGUCGUUUGAUUGAUCAUGUGAAAAAGAAAGCCACAAACCUCCAGAGAGUCACCUACCUUGUGUUUGAUGAAGCUGACAGAAUGUUUGAUAUGGGUUUUGAAUAUCAGGUCAGAUCCAUUGCCAGCCAUGUACGUCCUGACAGACAGACCCUCUUGUUCAGUGCCACCUUCCGUAAGAAGAUCGAGAAGCUGGCCCGAGACAUUCUGAUCGACCCCAUUCGAGUUGUGCAGGGAGACAUUGGAGAGGCAAAUGAAGAUGUCACUCAGAUUGUGGAGAUUUUCCCCUCUGGCCCUAGCAAAUGGAACUGGCUGACUCGACGCCUCGUGGAGUUCACAUCUUCAGGGAGUGUUCUCCUGUUUGUCACCAAGAAGGCAAAUGCAGAGGAGCUGGCUAAUAACCUCAAACAAGAGGAUCACAAUCUGGGGCUGCUUCAUGGUGACAUGGACCAGAGUGAGAGGAAUAAAGUCAUUUCAGAAUUCAAGAAGAAGGGGAUCCCAAUACUGGUGGCUACUGAUGUGGCAGCUCGUGGGUUGGAUAUUCCUUCCAUUAAGACAGUCAUCAACUACGACGUGGCUCGGGACAUAGACACACACACCCACAGGAUUGGUCGUACUGGCAGAGCUGGGGAGAAGGGAGUUGCCUACACUCUGCUGACCCCCAAAGACAGCAACUUUGCUGGUGAUCUCGUCAGAAAUCUGGAAGGUGCUAAUCAACAUGUUUCCAAAGAGCUGUUGGAUCUGGCAAUGCAGAACCCCUGGUUCCGGAAAUCACGUUUCAAAGGAGGAAAAGGCAAGAAGCUGAAUAUUGGUGGUGGUGGUUUAGGGUACCGAGAACGACCUGGCCUGGGAUCAGAAAAUUCUGACCGUGGCAACAACAACAGUGUGAUGAGUAACUACGAGGCCUACAAGCCAUCCACAGGGGCCAUGGGGGACAGGCUCACGGCCAUGAAAGCAGCUUUCCAGUCCCAAUAUAAGAGCCACUUUGUUGCUGCAAGCUUAAAUAAUCAAAAGACUGGGAGUUCCUCUGCUGGGGCUAGUGGCUGGACCAGCGCUGGGAGCUUGAACUCGGUACCCACGAGUUCAGCACAACAAAACGCUGCGAGCCCUGACGGCGCGGCCGCCGCCGCUCCCGCAGCCAAGGGGGUGCCAGGCUUCACCAGCACCGGGAACUUGAGCAGCGUCCCCAGCUUUCCCAGCGGGGGAGUCCAGGGCUUCAACAACACAAAUGCCAGCACCAACAGUCGGGAAGGCGGCGGCGGUGGCGGUGGCGCUGUCAGAGAACGCUAUGAGAACCGGAACAGUCGCCACGGCGAGGCCCCGCGCCGCGGGGAGGGGGGCGGCCGCUACAACGACCUGCAGCGGCACGGGGAGGGCGGCGGCCGCCACAGCGACCCCUACCGGCACGGCGAGGGCAGGCACGGAGACAGCCAUCGCCACGCCGAAGGCCGACACUUCACCGAGGCGGGCAGCGGCAACCGCAACAGCGCUGACGGCAGGAACAGCAGCACCGAAGGUAGGAGCAACGAGAACAGGAACGGGGAGAACAGGAAGGAACCCAGCAGCCGAGACAACAAGACAGAUGGGUUUGCUGUCCCGGAGCCCCCAAAGCGUAAGAAGAGCCGGUGGGACAGUUAAAAGCUGGUGUCUGCCAGCCUGGCAUCUCUGCAGCUAGUGUUGUCUUUUUCCAGAGGAUUUCUUGGGGGUUUUGGUAGCUGGUUGGUGAGCAGCUGGGGGAGGAGAAGGAAACCAUGAAAGCUCCCCGUGCGAGUCUGGGCCGGUACGUCUGCGGCAGAUUCACUCUAGCAAUGUGUACACACAGUGCUUAGGCAAACAAAACUCAUUCUGAUACAGCUCCCUGGGUUCUGCUUUGAAACAUUCAGUGCUCAAGUGACUCUCUGCUGGAUUUAAACAGAGCUUCUUUACAAGGAGGAAGCUGUUUCACACCCUCGGAAGGUUAGCAAACUGUUGUCCAUAGAAGUUGAAAGCAGUCUUUUCUUAACCAGUGUUCCCAUUUUAAAACCAGUCCCAUCUAGAGAUGCUCAGGACCCACCUGUUCAACUUCUAAUCUCAGCAGCUUAUUCACUAUGAUGAGUUCUUCCCCAACCUCUUCACAUCCUCCCUUAUCCACAAGUAAUUUGGCCUCUGGGUUGCCCUUCACAUCUCUGCCAUUAACUAAGAACCUAUCAAUUUGCAUUGCUAAGGUGGGGUGAAGCAAAUUGAUUUUUUUUUUCUUUCCUUUUUAUGUUUUAUGAAGGUGUUUGAGAGACCUCCAGCACAGCCAACCACAAAUCCACAUGUAGUGUAGGGUGGACUCCCUGCUUUGUUUGUGGUCACUACAGCAAUCCCAAUCCCAUUGCCCAGGUGGUUGGUUGAUUGGGGUUUUUUUCAAUUUAAACAAUCUCUUCUGUCCUAAUCACCCUCAUUUUGGUGGAAGCCUGCAUAGCAAACUUGUCUCUCUGCUGUGCCUAUGCACUCUCUGUUAUGAGAGGGUUCAGUGCUUAAUUCAAAUUUCAAGCAAAAAAAAAGGGAAUAAAAGGUAACUAAACCACAGCAAUCCAAGACUGGUGUCCCCCAUGAAGUGUGGCUAAACAAAAGAGGCUUCAUUCCAAAAUUCAGGGACCUGCUGCUCAAGAAGCCUUUAGGGAGAAGCUGAGAAGUGAUUGGUGAAGUGGAACAGCUCAAGAGUUGCCUCAUGUUGGACACGUGUAGUUAAAACUGUAAAAUCUUGCUUGACCCUUUUUAACUCCUUGUGUGUAUUGCCCAUUUUUUUAACUCUUUAUUAUUUUUUUUUUUGGCACCCUGAAGGUAGGGCAGAACUCUUCUGUUGGAACAUGUCAGUGCCCACCUCUGCCUUGGUUCUGCUGACAGAAGGAUCAGAAGCUGUCAGGGGUUUGUGACAUUGUGAUGUUUUCUUUAUCAGCUGUGCAUUUACUUUCU